AAGCGCUGGGAUUCCUCUGUGGAUGCUUUUAGAGCCGUCUUUGGUGAAGCCAUCUCUCGAGAUGAUGCUGUAGCCCAAUGGAAUACCCUUACCCACACCGCCCGAGGAGGAAUAGACCUCUUCCUGAAUACUAUCAUUCAGCUGAUGUGGAAGACUGGCUAUGAGGGUCAGUUGGUGGAUGAUAAGAUCAACAAUUCCCUCCUUGCGGACCUAGGCAUGAGUUGGGCUCUUUUCAAUCCCAAGCCAAAGUCCCUGAUGGAGCGGAUAGCUGCUCUUAGAGAGUUAGGGCACACUCAUGAGAGGUACCAAGGGAUGGCAGCUGAGAAGGCGCCCCCUCGGACCAAGAAGGAUCCUACCGCUCAGAAGGACCAGCAGCCUAAGAGGAAAAGAGAAGCUGCAAGCUCCUCCGGAUCUCAGAAGACUCCUGGACCUAAGGACAAAGCGGUGGAACUGAAGGGUAUCCCGGGGGAUAUUCUAGAAGAAAGAAGGAAAGCAGAAGUAUGCUUGAAG